CCAUCCAGAAGGCAGUAGGUUACGGGUUCUAACGUGGUGAAAUUUAGGGAGCCCUUAUUGGUGCGAUCGGUGAAAAAGGAAAACGUGUGAGGGGAUAGAGGGUACACGAUAGUAGGUGCACGAUACUCGCGAGUGUCGGGAGAUCUAGUGCCGAGCCAUCAUGGCGAAUCCACGAAAGUUCAGUGACAAGAUCGCGCUACACAAACAGAAGGAAGCGCAGGAAAGAGCGGCGUUCGAGGCGAUCAUGCGAGAAGUUUCGGAUGUCACAAGCAGAGUCGCCUCGGCGAGCAGCUCGGUGUGUGCCAGUCCCACGGGAUCCGGGGUACUGGAGACUCCGCUGUCCGUGAAGAGUGCCGGCGCCAGUCCACCUCAGUCCAGCGGCAAACACCUGCACAUUAACCUGGGAAAUCAGUUCAGGGCGGGUGGCUCUCUGCCGAAUGUUAACAACAACGCGAAUUGCGGCAAUGACGCGAAAGAACACGCAUCGCCGCACAACGCCGCUAUCCACUCGAUCGACCUUAAGACAGCGCUCAGCAAUUUGGAGGAGAUGCAGCACAAUUCCAUGGUGUAUCGUAACAACGAGAGGGGUAGGAGCAUGGGGGUUGGACCGAUGCGACCUCGUCCGAUGGAAAAAAGGCACGACACCUCACCGUACAGCGGUGUUCCGUAUCUUUCACCACCGCCACCGGACACAUGGAGGAGAACGAAUUCAGACUCGGCUCUGCAUCAAAGCGCCAACGAAGCCUGCCAGUCAAACACCACCAUCCCCCAUCGACGAGAUCAGCAUACCAUAACCGGGUCCGGGAGCGACAACAGGGACCUGCAUUACGGAUUCAUCGAACGGCCAAGAUCGUCCUGUGAAAUACCUCGAGUGCCUGGAAGCAACAUAGAUCCGAGCUCUCAGCCACCAGGACAGCAAAUUCCCAUAGGCAACACGCGAUCGUUGCCCGACCUGGUCCACUUCCCGUCGGAUCAAGAGGAUCACUCGAGCAGUACACCAUUCAGCAACAACCAUUUAUCAGUGCCUGUUAACUCUAGGUUCCUUCACACGUGUAAGGGUGUGGCGCUAGAAAACAGCACAAGUACUUCGCAACAGGAUCUUCAGAGUUAUUCGCAACAACCGGUGCCUCAGCCACCGACGGCGACGUCCCACAGUCCAACUGGUCACUACAUUUAUCAGCAACCGCACAGUCCUGUGCCACCGCAAAGUCCAAAGUCGUCGCAGACACAACAACCGCAGCUCAACUCCUUAGGCUCGUACAGAUCCUCGCAGCAGGUGAAUAGGCCGUCGCCUCAAUCGUCACCAGGACUAACGAUUCAAGGCAGCCCGUUGAGUUACAGUAAUAAUCCAUCGGCGCCUCCUAGUCCCACGGGUCAUCCAGGUCCACCGAACUUAACGUCAGAGAACAUCGACCAAAACAAUUACUUCCUGAACCAGGCACAGGCAGCGGCGCUUCAACAGGACUUCGAGCAGUUCACGAUGGGAGUGGAUUGGCCGAAAUUCGCGCAGCAGCUCAUGGAACUUGGUUGCACCUGGAACCCGCAGAUAGAGAUGGACACGCCCGUGCCGACCAACAUGAUUGGAACGUAUAUCGGUUCGCCGAAUCACACCACGAAUUACACACAGAACGACACGAUGAAUGUGGGAGGUGAGUUGGGCAGCGCAGAUGCCGGGUACUUCAGCACGAGUCCCCAAAUGCCGUAUCAACCUAACACAACGACCACUACUAGCAACAACAGCACCACCACUCAGCAACUCACGCCUCAGACACCGAACACCCCAACGAUCAUUCUCACUGACUUCUCCGGGGCAGACGACCUUACAAAUCCGGAAUUCGUAAAAGAUCUCGGAACGGCGAUGAUGAGCGACUUCGACUCAGAUCUUUUUCCAUCGGACGACGCUUUAAGACAGGGUCUCGAUCCCAUCGACAUGGAUGGUCUACAAAUGCUCACCGACCCGACGAUGGUUAUAUCCGAUCCCAGCGCCGAAGCCCAUUUUAGGCGGGAUCGACUUUAAGGCGAGACAUUUUACUCAUUUUCGAUUAUGCGCUGACUAUAUUACGUAGGAAAUUUUAUCUGUCCUGGUGUCGCGAUUUAUUCUUGGGACACUUUGACAAAUGGGACGAGUCUUGUUCGCGGCCGUCGAUGCGCUUCCAACGGGAAAUCGUCUUUCUACGAACGGAGCAAUCGCUACCACCGCCAUAUCUUCGUCAUCGACGUCGAGAAAAAGGAAAACGAGAACAUCGUAAAUCGAUUAAAAGUAAUCGGUAGGAACGCGAUCAACGAAUUAAUUGUGCGAUUCGUUCGAUCUUUCUCCGUCGAAAAUGCUGUAAUAUCGAAGACGAAAGCAACGAGAAAUUACGAUCGUACGUCACGAAGGCGAACAAUCGACCAGAAAACGUGUUCGCGUUGGAAUCGACCAAGCGACACUGAUGUCCCGUUCGUGAUAAACCGUUAAUUGAGGAUUAAGUAAUACAAAUCUUUAUUAAUCCUUUUUUUAUUUUAUACUACUUUGUACAUUGUAUCAUGUAUGAUCUCUAAGAAGCACAAAACAAAAUGUCUACUGAUUUAUACAUGCUUUUAUCAUAUACGAUCCUAGUAAGGUAAAAAAGAAAGAUACUACUGUUUAGGUGAAAAUUAACGUUUAGCGAAAAUGAUAAAAGAAAAAAGAAAAAUAAGAAAAAAAAAAAAUACAGAAUAUGGGUUGGUUAUGCUCCUCAUCGACGUACGGGGAGUACUUAACGGGGAAGAAGCUAUCAAGCAUGUGAAACGCAUAAAGACAUAGACAGUGGGGAGAGGAGGGAGACACCCCUCGGUGAUAUCUCGCCGAAAACGAUCGAGCAUUUGAACACUUUACUCUCUAUCCUUUCCUUCGUUGCGCACUCGCGCUCGAUUCAGCGUUCACCUACAUUUCGAAUUUCCUUUCCUGAACCGCUAACCGUUCGAAUUCGAACGUAGCGAGUUCAAUUCGAUUCUAUAUCAUUUUCUUCGUUCGCAGUGUCGCUUCACGCGGUAGACGUUAAACGAAGAGAAAAGUAAAAGUAAUUACUAGAAAAGAAUGGAAAUGAAAAAGAAGAGAAGAGAAGAGAAGAGAAGAGAAGAGAAGCAAAGAGAGAAACGAACAAAAGGUAGGAAGAAGGAAAUAAAACCGCAGAGACGAGUGUACCUUCGGCGGUCGUCAAUUGUUUUCUGAAAGUAAUACGCUGUACUUUGUAUACACGUAAAAUAUUUAAAUUGGAUGCCAGCGGCCGCGCUUGUCGCGUUAGACUUAUUCCACUACUAUAAUAAUUGAGAAAAUAAAAAAUAUAAAACGACGCUUAUAUCUGUAUACAGUGUACGUAGUGAUAAUCGACCUUUUUCGAGCGUCAUUCGCUCUUUGAUUAUAUAAGCGAGCAAGAGGAACGACCGAACGAAAACGAAAAGCUUAGACUACGACAUACUGGAAAGUGUUAACAGGACUAUCCGCAAACUAUUCGAAUCACUCAGAUGUUUUGUACCUUAGAAUUUUAUUCAACCACGCAUUAUAUCGUAUAAUUGUAUAUUGUUAAACAUUCGUCGUACGUGUUAAAUAACGAUAAAAAUGUAAAAGAAGAGAGCGAAGAUGAAAACGAACACUUCACAGCGACCGCUUCAUAGCCGCUUCAAGUACAAAAAGGCGGAGCGCACGGUAAAGACAUUGGCUGUAGCGGAGGCCGCGUUCGCACCUAUCGAAUCGAUUCGUACGCCCGCGACGCUACGACCAUACUGGAAAUCGGUCGAGUAAUUCGUUUAUUCGAGGCGAACGGAGAGGUUGAUCGGUCGAGACGGUCGCUCGAGCACGAACAAAUGGCGCGUGAUCGAAAGCCUGACACGUUUGUCGAAACUUUUUAAUAGAGUUCUAUUGAAAUUGAAUUUCGUAGAAAGUUACUCUAACGCUUGUUGACAAUUGUCCAGAGUUUACGGCCGGCUUUAUUUCCACGCAACGCUGCCGAUCCACGCCGUGUCGCCGUUGUUUCAGGUUCUGUACCGGUUCUCGCUAUACAGUCUCUGUGCUGUACCGAGUAUACUGCCUGUUAUCGUGCCUAAGCACAACAUCCGAUCGUUUCCAAGUUAAUCAGCAACACGCGAAACUGGCGACAGGCUUGUGCAUCGAUCGGACGUGAUAUCCUCGUGAACAACAUUACAAAUCAUUGAAUGAAUGAUCGUGGUCGAUUUCGAGCGAUGAUUAGUUAUUAACGCAGAUAUCCUUAGUCUCGAUAUCAUCGAUUAAUCUUCAUCGUCUAUCCUACGGUUCCGAUAAAUAACAUAUUUAUUCGCACCUGUUCGCGUGACUCGUGUAUUAACCGUAACUUGAAAAUAACGUCGCGGAAUAACGUAAUUUAUAGGGUCUUUGAUGGAUGAACUUGCGCUUCGCGAACGGAUUCUUUAACAUCGUAGAAAUUAAUCCAGAUACGGCUGAAUUCUUUUCGUAGCAUCUUUUUAAAUUAGUCACAUUUUCUCUUCGUUUGUGGCUUAAAUCGAAUACGAUGAAUACAUUUUUGUACUAUUCUUGGCUACUUUUUAUAAAAUGGAUUUACCCGUUCUAAACGUUUUCGGGUAAUAUUGUAAAAAUCGCGAAAUGUAAUAAAACUAUAUUGCAAUCACCGUUUUGCAAGCUUGAUUGGCAUAUCUGAGUUGACCCUUGAAAACUAUGAUUAUAAAAGAACGUCUGAAAUGACUGGAAUGGCUGAAAUUGGUUUUUAUUAUCGUCACGCUCGAUAUCAAGCGAAUAUGUUCAACGCCGUAAUUCAAUAUUAUCUUCAAUAUUGAGUUAGCUAUGUUACCGAUAGUUAGAAAUAACGUUGCUCGUCGCGUUACUAUGAAACGAUCAUGUUGAAGCAAUAUACUCGAGGGAUAAAAUUUCACCCUUUUGGUAAUAGUUUUCGAGGGUUGCGACCAAACAAUGAGAAUUUGUACCCUUGGAAAUUUUGAUAAAAUUUUAUUCAACGAUAACGGAAAACCCGAUUCGUAGGUUGAAAGAGCGUAGAAAUUAAAAAUUAGUAUCGUAAACCUGUACGCAAGAGUUUCGUGCUUAGCAACGAUUUUUGCCACGAUCGUGGCAGAAAGUUCAAGGGCGACCAAAGGAAUCAGCUUACACGAGUCGUAAAAACCUGUUGCAAUUUGUAACCUGGUCCAGGUGAACGAUGGAUAAAGAUAGAAAGAAAGGGAGGAGCUUCCCUUCGAUUCGUUCACUUUUGCCACGAGAAAGUCUCGUUACCGCGAGACGGUGCCAAAGCGCGUAGAUAUUUGUCGCCCCGUUUUAUAGAUUGUAAGAUCGUUCUGAUCGAUUGGCGGGAACGUACAACGUAAACGAGCAACGUAACGAUCCCCGACCAUCGUCCGAACACCUGUACAAACCACCCUAGAUCCGAGUCAACCACGUCAAUUUUGGUGCCGCUUAGGUCGAACGAUCUAACGACGCGCACUCUUUUCCACCGUACGCGACUCUUUAGUUUUUCUAAAUCGCGGUAUCUAAAGCGAGCGAUCAACGAUUCGCGCGAGUUCCGCUUCGACUCGCCACAAUGUCGUAUUGUCAAAUUGUCAACGCGAUCGCAAUAAACAGCUCGUUAUCGAUAAGAUCAAGGUCCGAUACCGAAAGGUCGAGGGAUGUGCGCCGAUAUAAGAAAGAAAGCGAACGUAACGGAUACAUUUGGUGGAAUUGUUGCGGUGUGCGUCGAGUCCUGAAGGAUGUCGUACCGUACUCGAAGAGAUCAACGAAUUCACGUAACAAAAUCUCCUCGGUAUCGGGAAAUUCGCGAACGACCGGCGACUCGGCUCACGCUGAAUCUUAUUUCGUUGAGAAUUUCCAUAGUCUAUGAAUCUAGAUAGUUAGACAAAUACAGCGAUCGAAUAAGAAUUUCCGGUUUCGAGGAGCAGUUAACGCUCGACGACGCGAGGAAUUAUUUUGUUUGUCGAUAUUUAACAGAGACCUGCGUGAUAUUUCAGGGCAUUCUCUCUUUUCCUCCUUUGCUUUAACCCUUCUUCUCCACAUUCUUCUCUCAACGUACAUACGCGUACGAAUGAAAAAGAAACGCGUAAAAUAUACCACGAUCUGCACUCCUUGCUCUCUUUCUCCUUUUCCAACUGUUUCUCUUCCGCCCGCACAUCACACACACAUACACGAACACACACACACACACACCGCCCUCCUCCCCUCUCUCUCAUAGACAUACGUAUACACGCACGCUGUUUCUGCGCUAAGAGAAAGAGAACGGUUUAAAAGCAUGAACGCGUUGAUUUAUCGUCGUAAGAAACGGAGAUCUGGUGUCUGCGUGACAAGCGCGCCGAAACUGAAACGAGGAUACGUUUUCGUCGCGACCCGUACGUUUAAAAGGGUCGACAAGACGAUGAGAAACGACAGGAGAGAAAUGCACACAGCGGAUGCAGGGAAACGUCUCGACCUCUGAUCGAUCGUCGCAUCGAACGCGCGCAUGCGAGGAUUUUAAGAAAGAGAAACGGAAGGAAGGAAACAUUGUAAUAUUUGUAUAUAGCCAUGUUAUCGUGGUAAAGAGAAUUACCUAUAUUAUUAUAAAUAUUACGCAUAUAUAUACAUAUAUACGUGUACGUAUAUGUUUAUAUAUAUACAUACAUAUUAUAAUAUAUAUGUGUAUAUAUAUAACGCAUAUUUAAGUCUGUAAUGCCGUUACGUUGUUGUACCAUAAUUAUUGUGAACACCAUUUCUCAGACAUCGAUUUUUUUAAAUAAAAAGAAAGUCUCAAUAUCGACAUGCACUAAGUACCAAGCAGAGCAUCCGUCGGAACAAAAACAUCCACCGCACAGAACGAUCCGGUUUCUUAUCUUACAACAAGAUUAGCCACGAUAUUUUCGCCUCGUCUCGUCUUCAACCGCGUCGCCUUCUUACGCUCACCUAUUAUAACGUUUUCACGCUCGGAUUUUCACCAUUUGCGCUCAUCGUUUUAGUCCUUACUCGACUGCGGGCGUACCGCGAAAUUAUCACGCGCCCCACGCCGACCUUCCAGAACGCUUGCAACAAAAAGGAAGAAACGUCAAUUUUCCUGGCUCGAGAUUUAUCAAUUAUAUCGCGGAGAUCAACGCGAACUUGACCGCGGUUUUUCGCCCCGCAACGAAACAGAAUCGAGAAAGGACUGGAUGAGGGCGCGGCGACUUUUGUAACGAUCGGUGCCUGAAACGUUUCACCAACGAGCCUUUUUUGUCAGACUGAUGUUCGUCUUUAAUCUAUCUAACUAACGAUCGGCAGCGCGCUGUACACGCUCUCGCACCACCAAUUCACGAAGUCAGUCUGCGACCAGAGACGCGACGAAGGAGGCUUGAGCGCGAUGCGCGCUCGGUAUCGCGUUUAAACUCGCGCGAACCAAUCGUUUUUGGCGAUGGAAAGUUAGCAACAAUUUCUCUGCGAUGCUCCAUCAACCCUUUAACGGUGCAGCUCGAGAGAGAUUCAGGCAAAUCGUCAAAUACAGCGCUGUGAAUUAGACCGCAAAAAGGCGAAUGUUGCGUUGAUGCAACAUUUUAUUUACAAUUUUUUUCUUUUUUUUUUUCAUUAAUUCGCAUCGUUGAAUUCUGUUUUUUAACGGAAGGGGACUUCAUGGAUUUAUUUAGUAUUUCUUUUUAUUAUCAUCCCUUUUUUCACCUAGGUCUUAUAUUAGUUAUAGAAAAAUUCUGCCUUAAAACGUGGAUGGUUUUUUACAUUUCUGGUUUACUUGGUGGGCUUCUUUGAGACAUUCGUUGUUUUAAUAUACCUGGAUAAAACAAUAUGUAAAUUGUCUUACAUACUUCUCUCGAGUAGCAGUAACAAGUUUGGCGAUAGGACAAACGAGGCUUUACAAAUAAGUUUCAUGAAUCGCGGAUCUUUUGGUUAACCAAUUUUACAUAGCACGACAAACUUGUAAAAGCGAAGCCUACAGCCUCUAAUCUGUAACUGGUUAAUUUAGUGAUAUUAUUAGUUGGUAAAUUAUUAUGCAAAAUCUCGCAGAAAAAAUCGAAAAAGGAGGUUUGAAGGAAAAUUUCCUCGUUACACUGUCAAAGGGUUGAUAGAAUUUUAAUUUUCAAUCCUUUCUGCAAAGCCUAUUUUCCAACAGUUCGCAGAGCCUACAAUAGCAAUUUCUCUGCGAAAUACGAGACUAAAAUAUCAAAAAAUCAUUCGCGUGAAUUUAAUCGCGAUCGAUCGAGCGAACGCGGCCAAGAACGCGAAACGAGCGAAUCGAGAUCGAACUUCUCGCGAGCGAGAAACAUUCGCAGUGAAAUUUCGAUCUCGAUGAUACUUUGCAGUACGUUUUCGAGUUGCUAGCUGAAAGAAAGCUCUGCGCAUUCUAAAUACGGCGGACGUCGGCGCGAUGCACGCACGAAACGAAACGAAACGAAACGAAAAGAAAAGAAAGCGGAGAAAAGGGAAAAAAGAAUAAAACGCAUUGAAAGAUUUCUCACACGACACCGUGGUCCUUCUGCCCGUCGAUGUGUAAAUAAUUGUUUCAUAUUGUUGUAAAGUAGAACGGUGAUAAGGAGAGAUGGAUGGUACAAGUAGGAGACGUCGGUACUCGCUUGCCGAAAGUUUAAAAGUCAAAAAGUCUCCCCCGUAAUGUAAGCGCACAAAAAGAGGGUUAACGAUCUAUGUGUCUUCUUCGUGUUUAAUCGUAUCUUUGUUAUUAAAUCUUGAACGUCUUACGAA